AGCGUCAAUUGAGUUCCUGUAGUGACACAUGAUGGGGAACUGAAUGCCGUAUGUGCGCUCCUGGAGUUUGACUGCGAAAAGUACAAUAAUACUAAAUAUGUUCAAGACGAUGGAAUCCAAAAUAAAAUAACAGAGGUGACUGAAGCACCAAGCCCUCAGUAGGACUCCAUCAAGCCGAAGGGGCCGCAACAGAAAUGGCAAACCUGAACUGGAAGCCGUUUGUCUAUGGGGGGAUGGCCUCAAUUGUCGCAGAAUUCGGUACGUUUCCAAUUGAUCUCACAAAAACACGGCUCCAGGUUCAAGGGCAGACCCACUGUAUGGAGGUCCGAUAUCGGGGCAUGUUCCACGCUUUGUUCAGGAUUGGUCGUGAAGAAGGCAUCCGGGCAUGGUACUCUGGAAUUUCCCCUGCACUCCUCCGACAAGCUUCCUACGGGACGAUCAAGAUCGGUACAUACAACACACUGAAGAAACUGUUUGUUAGUCGUCCAGAAGAUGAGACUAUGGUGAUUAAUGUGUUUUGUGGUGUUGUGUCUGGAGUUUUGUCAUCCUCUUUGGCAAAUCCAACUGAUGUGCUUAAGAUUCGGAUGCAGGCUCAAGGCAGUCUGUUACAGGGAAGCAUGAUGUCUAAUUUCAUCAACAUUUAUCAGACAGAAGGCACGCGAGGCCUGUGGAGGGGUGUAAUUCCUACUGCACAGAGGGCGGCCAUCGUGGUGGGUGUAGAGCUGCCAGUUUAUGACAUCACCAAGAAGCAUUUGAUUGGAUCAGGCCUCAUGGGAGACACUGUGUUAACUCAUUUUAUCUCUAGCUUCACGUGUGGUCUGGCAGGUGCUUUGGCCUCCAACCCAGUGGAUGUGGUGAGGACACGCAUGAUGAAUCAACGUGUGCUCGCAGGUAACCCUCUGUACAAGGGCACCCUGGACGGACUCAUGCAGACCUGGAAAAACGAAGGAUUUUUUGCUCUCUAUAAAGGCUUCUGGCCCAACUGGCUGCGUCUGGGGCCCUGGAACAUAAUUUUCUUCAUCACCUUUGAGCAGCUGAAGAAGCUUCCAUUGUAGAGUUUGUGAUUUGACUGAACUGUGUGUGUGUGUGCGCGUGUGUGUGUUUGUGUGUGUGUGUCUAGGGCUUCUGUCCUUCAGCAUUUUGCAUCCCUUCACCAUCGCACACAUAUAAGUAUUUUUAUUUAAGAACAUUUAUUUUUUCCUCAUUUGCUUUGUACAUACUUGACCUUUUUAAACACUUGUUGUUGCACCAAAAUCUUUAUUUUUCACUUUUGGCAGCUAUCUUGUCUGACAGCGCCAUGUUCACAGGCCCAGUGGUGAAUAUUUGAGGUAAAGGGCUAUUGUGAAAACUGGAAACCACCAGGCAUAGUUUCACCACACUGGCUUGAGAGUUUGGCAUUAUAGCAUAGAGUUUUGUUACUAAAAACACAUCUGACAUGUGGGGGACGUAAAGCAAUAGUUUAGUGUAGAACUGAAUGCAGUUGGUGAAAAUAACGAAAAAUUUGUGAGGUCCUCACACUCCAAAUUCAAUAUUGUCCUUUAAUUUUAAAUGCUCACAUGUAAACACUGCUUCAGUGAUGAGAAUGUAUUUUGCUUCAUCUGUAGAGUGCAGAUGUGAUUGCCCAUGUUGCAAACUUCUAGACAGCCCAAAAAAAGGAGCUAGUAAGGGGUUCUGUGGCCUCGUAUCCUGUAUCUUUGAGAUCAGUGGGCAUUCUUUGAAACACGAGCAAAUAUCAGUGUAGCUUAAGUCUGUUGUCACGCAAGUGGUCGCAUUUGAUUCAGAAUUGCACAGAAAUUCGGUUGUGUGCAAAAAAACUUAUUUUAUCCCAUAUUAUGUGAAUCGGAAAUGGGUGAGAAGUUGUGACUUCACAAGACUUUAAUGGUUAUCCUUUUAUUUUAUUUUUUUGCAGGGAUGUCUUUAUUGCCAUGUAGAUUUACAUGUGUGUAUGUACUGUGUGUGUGCUUGUGUUCUGAGAAGCACGUGUAAAAUGUCAAAUAUUUUGGCAGCCGUGGAAGUGUGUAAAUACUGCUACUGUAGGAUGGAAUAAAAUAUUAGCAUAAAUAGUUUUUUGUUUGUUUGUUAAUUUUAAGCUAUAUUUUGUGAAAAUGGGUGUCGGUAGCAUUUUUGAGUGCUUGCCUCUUUGCCAAACUGUAAAUGUAUUAAACCAGAACUGCACUGAUGUUGCUGGUUUUUAAAAGUGACACGUUAUUAUUGGGAAAGUACUGUUAGAUAUUUAUUAUUGUAUGCCAUCAUAUUUCAAGCCUUACCACUUCCUGCUUUUAUAUUUAUGCCUUUUGCCGGGUUGUUUUAUGCCUAUUGGUACGCCAGCCAAAUGUGAAGUGUUAUGCUAUAAUUUACUGUCUAUAUUGUUCAGAAUCUUUAAAAUGCAAAUCAAACUGUACUGUAAACUUCUAAGCAAACUUUCUUGUUUAAGUGAUAUGGACGAGCUGUUUCUUCAUAUGACUUUAAGGGGACAAGAUUUAGAGGUUUAAUGUAUGUAAUGCCGCUGUUAUUCGGGGGUUUUCAUGUUUGUUAAUACUCGCUUGAAAUGGUUUUCUGGACUUUGGCUUUUUCUAGAUUGGUGACUACAGCAUGGUGCAUGAUGUAUUCGCUCUAAAUAGCUUUGGGAAAUGCUUAUUUCAUUAAUGUGCAAAGACCAGUAACCCAUGGACCUGCUAAGUUCACUGUUAAUAACUCCCAAAUCAUUUUGCUGUUAUGCUCCCUCAGGUUCUUUUUCUUUGCAAGGUUUUGCUUAUUAUUUUAUUUUUUAAUAUACUGUUUUAUAUAUAUAUAUAAAUAAAUAAUAUGGUUAUUUUGUGCAGAUGUACUAUAUAUUGUACUAAUGUACUAAUAUUUUAGUGCAGAUGUUUGUUUUUUUUCGUUUGGAUGUAUAAUGGAUUCUUUUUUCUUUUUUUUUCUUUUUUGAUGGAUAUCAGGAUGAAUUGGUGUACAAUGAGGGAAAUUAUAGAAUGUGUGACCCAGAUUCGUUUUAUAAAUAAGAGAUAAUGAAACUGUGCAGAAUAAAAAGGGGUAUAUACACACAGCAGUUAAAUAAAGUAUAUAUUAUAACAUGUAACUUUAAUCCCCAGAACAGCUUUUUUUUUUCUCCAACAUGCUGAAAAACUAUCGAUACAUUAUAUAAUUGCUUAAAAUUUCCAAUUUCUUUGUGAUCCAGUCUUUUUGUCAAGUGUCUUUGGUGACCACAAACAUAAUUUAUCAUGAUCUGUUGCUUGGAUGGACAAUGAGUUGUAUCGAGAAAGCCUUUUUUCUUUUGUGGAUGGUUUGAUUUAUUUUGCUUUAUUUAAUGUAACUGUGCACCCUGACAAUAAAUACAAUUUUCACUGAAAA